AUGGAGGACGUUUUCCAGCAACUUCAGCAAAAAGAUGAUCGCAUAGUACAAAUUUUUCGCAAUGAAGAAAUUGAAGAUCUGGAAACAUUCCUAGAGUUAAAUGAACGUGACUAUAGUAGAUUACAGUUAACAACAAAAAUGAUCAAAACCAUCGAAAAAUUACAAGCACAGUUUCGUGAAAAGCCAGAAGACUGCAAGGAACAUGAAGAAUGGGUUGAGGAGGUGUCGAAUAACGAUUCGGAAAAUUGUCAGGAAAAUGCAGUCUCCUGGGAUGCUGAUAAUCCUUAUCAUGGCAUUUCACUCGAGGAAAUUUCUUACGAUUUCAAAAUGAUGAAACCAGCAGCAGGAGAAUUUUUCGAAAAGUGGAUUACACUAGAACAAAAAAUCCUAACCACUUACAAGGAGAUGUUUAAAGAAAUUAAGCAUGAUUUCAUACGUGCACUUGCCAUUAUAAAGGAAAAAAAUCCAUCACGGGGAUCCAAAAGGCGCCAAGCAGACAAUGGGGGAAAUAAUCCGCUCAAUGGAAUUGUUCACUUUAUUAGAGCUGACGAUGAAAUACCAACAGACGAAAACAUUCCAUUGUUGAUUGUUCGUGGCUCCUUUUCUGCGGACUCCAACGAAUGUACUCUCCACCUUUUAGGUCACAACAUACCCGUGGGCAACGAUUUGCGAUCCGCCUUCAAAAUUUAUCUCGAAUCGCUCACUGUUUUCAACAUAACACCUGCUGCAUUCGAUAAGCAGUUCUUCCUGUUUUUCAAUGGUGCUGUCUUCGGCUUUGAAACUUUGAGCACAACUGGCAUGACGUUUAUGCACAGUCUACAGCAGUAA